UCAUGAAAUGAGACCGCAUUCAAGGCAGGUCGAAGCGAAAUAACGUAACGGGAGAGAUAAAGAAAAGCGCGAGCCGAUUUUCAACGUACAAUGCUCCAGUAUCCGUUGCGAUCGACGACGAGACGAUUGUGAUACUGGCUCGGUGUACCUUGGAAUUUUAUAUUUAUUUCUCCCUUUAUUACACGUGUACAACAUUUCGAGUCUGACGUUCUGUGAUAAAUCGCGUGCCCGGCAAGUGCCAACAUUCCAUUAAUCUUUAUAUCAAUCAACGCAGAUUUUGUGGCAAAGCAUCUGCAAAGUUUGUAGCAGACACUUUGCAAGAUCUGUUCUUAAUAUUGGUUAUCGGAGGAAUCGUGUCUUCUAUGAUUUAAUUUCUGCCUGUUAAAUAUUCGUGGGUUUAAUUGUGUAAGGAGAAAAAAACAUCGUAAAAAGAACUUUAUUGCCACGUCGAAGUAUUUUGCUGUUAAGUUAUUGCAUCGAAUUUUAUUUGCUAGAAUUUUUGAUUGAUAAUUAAAGGGAAGAGAUCGCAACAAUGGAACUCCUGCGGCCAGAUCGACCAUCUAAAUGUACAUGGAAACCGAAUGGGGAAAAUUCGCCGCACACGAAACGAACGGAAUUCCCAGACCGUAAGAAGAUACUACCAAACAUUUUAAGUACUAUUGGUCAAACACCUCUCGUUCGGCUCAAUAAAAUUCCUCAGUCUCAUGGGAUCAAGUGUGAGAUAUAUGCGAAGUGUGAAUUUUUUAACCCUGGAGGUUCUGUGAAAGAUAGAAUAGGAUACAGGAUGAUCGAGGAUGCAGAAGAAAAGGGUCUGAUAAAGCCUGGGUAUACAAUAAUCGAACCAACCAGCGGUAACACUGGCAUCGGCCUAGCGAUGGCCGCAGCGGUUAAGGGUUACAAAUGCAUCAUUGUAAUGCCGGAGAAAAUGUCUAAUGAAAAAGUGUACACGCUCCGCGCUCUCGGAGCAGAAAUAAUCAGAACACCGACCGAGGCCGCUUGGCACAGCCCGGAAGCGCAUAUCAGUGUUGCCCAAAAAUUGCAAAAGGAGACACCGAACAGUAUUGUUUUAGACCAGUAUACAAACGCUGGCAAUCCAUUGGCGCAUUAUGAUCAAACUGCAACGGAACUUUGGGAGCAAUGCGACGGCAAUAUAGAUUACGUCGUAAUUGGCGCCGGCACAGGUGGUUCAAUAUCCGGAGUGGGACGAAAAUUAAAGGAAUUGUCGCCUAAUAUAAAAAUUGUCGGAGUAGAUCCUAAAGGCAGCAUUUUGGCGGAGCCACCUGAAUUGAAUGAAAACGGCAUUGGUUUUUACGAAGUAGAGGGUAUAGGAUAUGAUUUCAUACCUACAGUUCUAGAUCGAAAGGUCGUGGAUAUUUGGAUAAAAACUGAAGACCACGAAUCGUUAAAAAUAGCGCGAGAACUGAUUAAUAAAGAGGGACUGUUAUGUGGCGGUAGCAGUGGUUCGGCACUCGUGGGGGCGUUAAAAAUUGCCAAAGAUCUCCCUGCGGAUAAACGUGUGGUUGUUCUUCUACCAGAUAGCAUAAGAAACUAUAUGACAAAAUUUGUGUCAGAUGAAUGGAUGGAAGCUAGAAACUUUUUGUCAUCUGAACCUUUAGUGGAAGCAAAUAAAUGGUGGUGGAACAUACCGGUAUCGGAUUUGCCAUUAAAAAAGCAUAUACUAUUAAAGGGUAUGUCAUGUCAAGAUGUCGUGGAUUUUUUGAAAUCUCCUGGUCACGUUCAGCAAUUGUUGGUAACUGACGAAAACGAUACACGCGUGAGAGGCAUUGUCACACUGGAUGCGCUCCUGUCUAAUUUAAUCUCCGGUACGGUGAAGCGAAAUGAUUUCGCCGAGAAAGUCAUGAUCAAGCAGUUUACGAAGGUUACAGGCUCAACUACACUUGGAAAAGUGUCGCGUAUUUUGGAAAAAGAACGUUACGCUGUGGUUGUAAACGGUAGUGAUGCUUUAAUCGGAUUUGUAACUCAAAACGACAUCUUUAAUUUUAUCAGUAAGAAUGAUGAUUGCAAUGCAAAAUAAUGAAAUUGUACAACAUCACAUUAUUAUAGAUUAUUGUUUAUUUCCACCAAUGUUCAUUAACUUUCAUCUCGAUUUUAUUUACUCUUUUUCUUUUUUUU